GACCGAGACACAGCGACACAGAUGGAGCUGCAUGUGCUUAGAAUGCUUAUUAGCUGAGACAAUGUGCGAAAACGUCUGAAUAUAUCUGUUAUUUCUUGCUCGGCGACAGUUUGAGCUUUUUUGUUGUGUUGUUAUAUUUGGAAAGGGCACAUAUCGGUAAGUGAAGGAUGACAGUAAGGUUAUGUCUUUAUUGAAGCGAUAGGAUGCUGAGGCAUCGACAGGCUGAAUUUAAGCGAGCUAGUCCGCCGUAUGUUGAAAAGAAAGGCCACUGUAUGCGGUGUGAAUGAAAGAAGAGGGCUUCUCUCUUGGAUGGAGGUGUUUUGAGAGGUGUGGUGGAGGGAUGAAGGCGGUGUUGACAUCCAGACGGCAGCGGCUCUUCUAUCGGCUCUUCAUAUGUGCUGUGGGGCUCAUCGCCGUAACCUGCUUCGCUCAAAUUCUCCACGUAACAGAACAUUCCAAAGAAGAAUCGGACCUGAACUGGGCUCGGCGUAAAUUAACCCAGCAGAUCUCAGAGGAGAACCAGACAUCCAGUACACCCAGAGCUGCUAUCCAUGAAUUCCCAGAGGACAUCUUUACUAAGGGACAGAGGAGGCAUGGGGCAAUUCUACUGCACGUGUUUUGUGCGGUUUAUAUGUUCUACGCCCUUGCUAUUGUCUGCGAUGUCUUCUUUGUCCCCUCUCUGGAAAAAAUCUGUGAGAAUCUGCACCUCAGUGAAGAUGUUGCCGGUGCCACUUUUAUGGCAGCAGGAAGCUCCGCCCCUGAGCUUUUCACAUCGUUGAUUGGCGUCUUCAUCACCAAGGGAGAUCUGGGUGUAGGAACUAUCGUGGGAUCUGCUGUCUUUAACAUCCUGGUCAUCAUCGGAGUUUGUGGGAUAUUUGCUGGACAGACCAUCACUUUGACCUGGUGGCCGCUCUUCCGUGACUCUAUUUUCUACAUCCUCUCUGUGCUGGCAUUGAUUCUGAUCAUAUAUGAUGAAAAAGUAAUCUGGUGGGAGACUAUAAUCCUCAUAUCGAUGUAUGGAGUUUACAUCCUCAUCAUGAAGUUUAACAGUCAGAUUUGGGGCUGGGUGGAGCAGAGGUUUGGUAUCCCGGGUCAGCCCUGUCUGGUCAGCAGUCUGCGCAGAGAUGUGUCAGUAGGAGAGGCAAGCCCACACUGUGACACCUCCAUGAUCCUCCUGAAGAAAGGUCAGAAUGCGGGUGGCCAGGACUCCCCGGUGGUGAUGGUGGAUGAGCUGAUGAGUCUUCACCCUCACCAGUUCUCUUUCUCAGAGGCAAGCCUCCGUGUCAUGAUCACGCCUCACUUCUCUCCCCGCACUCGCCUCAGCAUGGCCGGACGCAUGCUCAUCACUGAGAGGCAGAGGCUGAUUAGAAACAGGAGUCCUGGAGACAGCAGUGGCAGCGGAGCAGGAGACACUGCAGGACAAGAUGGUCCAGGCAUGGAGGCGGUUCCUUGGGGUCUGGAGAACGGAGGGGCCCUCGAGAGUGAAACACAACCCCUGGAGGAGCCCAGACACAGGAACCAAGGAGGAGAGUUAGAACGAGUAGCAGACAUAGAGGACACACAGCCGAAAGAAGACGAGGAGGACGAAGAAGAAGAGGCAGAUGAAGAACCCUUCAGGCCCUUCACUGUGCCAGAGGGGCGCUGGGAGCAAGCGAAAUGGAUGUUCUCAUGGCCUUUAGGCUGCCUGCUGUACUACACUGUCCCGAACUGUGUUUUGCCCCGUUGGGAGCGCUGGUUCAUGGUUACCUUUGUGGCCUCAACACUCUGGAUUGCCGUGUUCUCCUACCUCAUGGUGUGGAUGGUCACCAUUAUCAGUUUUACACUGGACAUUCCAGAUGUUAUUAUGGGUAUUACAUUUCUAGCAGCAGGCACCAGUGUCCCAGACUGCAUGGCUAGUCUCAUUGUGGCCCGUCAAGGAAUGGGAGACAUGGCGGUGUCCAACUCUAUUGGCAGCAACAUCUUUGACAUUCUGCUGGGUCUUGGUUUUCCAUGGGCUUUGCGCACUCUAGUGGUUGAUUAUGGCUCAACUGUCUCCAUUAACAGUAAGGGACUGGUGUACUCAGUGAUUCUCCUCCUUGCUUCUGUUUUCCUCACUGUACUGAGCGUGCACCUGAACCACUGGAGGCUGGACCGGAGGUUAGGCCUCGGGCUCAUGUUCCUGUAUGCCAUCUUCCUGCUCUGCUCCAUCUGCUUUGAGAAACUCUAGAUCCCACUUUCCAUGUUUAGCUUAGCUGUAGGGUAGAUUUAGACCUAGUUAAUCAUAUUUUAGCCCCCAGUCACUGCCUUAUUAGUAGCGGUUAUUUCAACCAUGGUUUGAAGCCAGAGUAGUAAACGUUACAUAUAGAGAACUAUUACUCUGCUCUGGUAGAUUAAAGGAGUAGGCCACUAAAAAGGAAAAGAUUAUUUACUCACACUGAGGGCAUCUUAGAUGUAUCUAAUGCAUGAGUGGCAACAUUCAACCAAUUCUAACUGUCAAUAAUCUAUAUUUAGGCAGUCUAAAAAUAAUCCACAAAACCCUGACAAACAAAAAGUGUCUUCUAUAGAGAAACAAUUUGGAGUUUUCAGGAAAAAAGGACAAAUGUACAGUUGAAGACAGAAAUAUUAGACCCCCUGUAUAUUUCUGCUUAACGGAGAGAAGAUUUUUUUCAACACAUUUCUAAACAUAAUAGUUUGAAUAACUCAUUUCUAAUAACUGAUUUACUUUAUAUUUUCCAUGAUGACAGUAAAUAAUAUUUGACUAGAUAUUUUUCAAGAUACUAGUAUUCAGCUUAAAGGGACAUUUAAAGGCUUAACUAGGUUAAUUAUGUUAACUAGGCAAGUUAUCGUAAUUAGGCAAAUCAUUGUAUAAUGAUGGUUUGUUCUGUAGAUUAUCAAAAAAAUAUAUAUGUAGCUUAAGGGGCUAAUAAUAUUGACCUUAAAAUGUUUUUUUUUAUAAAAACUGCUUUCAUUCUAGCUGAAAUAAAACAAAUAUGACUUUCUCCAGACGAAAAAAUAUUAUAGGAAAUACUGUCAAACAUUUCUUGCUCUGUUAAACAUCAUUUGGGAAAUAUUUGAAAAAUAAAAAAUCCCAGGAGGGCUAAUAAUUCUGACUUUAACUGUACGUCACGUCAAAAGUCUCAUACAAGAGCUUGUGUAUUACUUUUAGGCUGCCUUAAUUUGGAUUUUACACAGUCAAAAAUUGUUUAAAUUGAGCCCCACUCACUUGCACUAGGAACAGUAAAAAGUACUCUUUGAAUGGCCUGGGGUGAGUAAAACAUUUUCAUGUUUGGGUGCACUAUUCCUACACACAUCUUUCAGCCAAUCGCCUGUUAAACAGUUCUGACAAACUCAAGGAGACUGUACUUCAUACUGUACCUCUGAAACAUUUGUACUUCAACUAAAAACAAAACUGGAUUUCGAUUACAAGAUGUGAUGAAUUUAUAAAAGCAGAAUUCAAUGUUUACAGCACACAGGACACUUCCUCUAACCUCGCUUUUGCAUAUUUGUAUUCCGAAGUCUUAAAGUCACAAUCAAGCAUGUUGCGAAGAAAAAAAAUAUGAUACUGGAAAAGUAUUAUUAACAGAAGAGUUGGAUUAAUUCCUAUAACAGAGACACACUCGAUUUAUUGCAUUACUUUGCCUUAUUUAUUUUGGACUUUAGGUCUGUGGAUUUGAGGAUUUUCCUGUUUCAGUAUAUUUAAGAACAGUCUGUUCACUUUUGUGUUGAAAAUAUUCUGGUAUACAGUUGUUGUAGUAUUACUGAUUAACCAAAAACAUCCCCGUCUUUGGUAUUUACAUACUGUACCAAACGUACAUGCUUUUUUAUAAAGUGCCACUUAGAGAUGUCUGUUGCACAUUUUGAUAUGUCGUAAUACAACAGUUAUUUUUGUUCACCACUGCAACACAAUGAUCUAUGACGAUGAGAACGUAACAAUCAAUUAAAUAUAGAACAAUGUGUGACCUUUAUACACAGGCCCUUAUAGUUUAUUGAAUAAAAGUUUCACACUGGGGUGUGUAUGAAUGACAUUGAGUAACAGACCUAAAUUGGUCUUUGCACCAAAUAUAUAAAAGAUCCAAUUGGAAAAUUUGUUUAUUAUUAUUAUUAUUAUUUAUUGCUUACUGUCUAUGUCAGUGUUUCUCAACCAUGUCCUCGAGGACCACCAGAUCUGCACAUUUUCCGUGUCUCCUUAACCAAACACACCUGAUUUUCAUCAUCAGCUAAUUAUCAGAGACUGAAAGACCUGUAAUGGGUGUGACAGAGAAAGGAGACAUCCAAAACAUGCAGUGUUGGUGGGCGUCCAGGAAUAUGGUUGAGAAACACUGGUCUAUGUGACAUAAGAUUAUGAUAAUUAAUAUAAGAUAUAUUCAUAAUGAAAGGCUUCCAAUAUUUUUAGCUAAAAUGGGUUGGUUAAGUUUGAUACAGCAGUGUUUUAAUUGUUGUUAUUUAUCAUUAAAGUUAUUAGUGACAUUUAAUUAAGCAUGCUUAUGUUUUAGUUUUGCCUGUAUAUUUCAUUUUUAGUAUUAAAAGCUCCCGUCAUCAUUUGUCAAAAAAUGUCUUGUUUAAGGUUUUGCGGUUCUUUUAAACUAAUGGAUAAAAAGUAUAUUAUUAAACUUAUUUUUGGAAACGUCCAGAAGAUUUUCAUCUUAUCACUCGUGCUAAAAGAAAAAUUGUGUUUGUUAAACUGAUGAAUGAAAUAUAUAUUAGGCUAAAUAAUAUAAGUUAUGGCCUGACUGAGUAAAAAGUUGGUUGAACAUCUUCCCGGUUUUUUAUCAUUUUAAAAGUCACAUUGGAUCAGCUCAUUGUCUCUACAUUUGUUAGAGUUCUGUCUAUAUUCUUAAAGAUAUUUGUAUGUUGUUGAGUGCAAUAAAACAAGGUCUGUGCAAUACA